CUUUACACAAAAAAGGACAAAAAGGAAAAACAAAAACAAGAACUUAUCCGAAUGAUGUGAAAGUAGAGCAACAAGCAGAACCAAAGCUUCACAAAAAUCAGCUUACAAUCUAAACAUGGCUUCCCCAACUUGAUACUUGCUUCUUUUCUUGUUUGUCCGGUUGUGCCGCAUGUUAUAUUGUCUACAGCUUCAAUUUGGCUUUUCAGUGGGCAAGAUCUAUGUUCAAUGAUGAUGAACCUUUGGCCUUCAAGAAAAUGCACGAAUUUUCUGCGACGGAUGGCUUUGUAGAGAUAACUGAAUCCUUGGCGGACAUGAUAAAGUUCAUCGCUAAUGAGCCCUCCAUGGGUUUUUUCUACAUUCAACAUCAUACUCAGAGUGCAGCUCCCAACCUUAUCAAUCUCAAGAACAAUAUUGAGGAAAAAUCUCGUGAAGUGACUUUGCACGCGGAAGAUUCAGAGGAUUCUAUCACCAUGAUCAGGUCGAUGAAAGAUUGUGGUGCACCAAUUGCUAAUGAGAUGAUUAAAGAUCUGAGACAUUCUCUAGCUGUUGUGUCGAAGAGUAAGCAAUUGAGAAAAGGGUUAAUAAGGCAGUCCAGGUCAACUUUUCAGUUAGGGCGAACUAGUUCUUGGAGUCCUGCCACUUGGGGUCGAAGUACAGUUCCAGAAUUGGAUGCUGAGAGUGGUUAUCUCUCAAAUGUUUUCAGGUCAACGAAAGAAAAAGCUAAUAGCUUCAAGUGGUCUCAAUUAGAGUCCAAAGAAUCUGAUGUAAUAACCUAUACUGAUGAUGCACAAUCUGCUGCAGCGGCCGGAUCUUUGUUCUCAGUUUCAGAGGCAAAUGAUGAAGAGUUGCCAUUAUCAAGUCCAACUAAUAAUGAGCUACAAAUGAUGCACUAUCAACUGCUCUCUUCAUCAGAAAAGCAUGAAGAAGUUAUGGCUGAUAAAGAAGCACAAUUGGAGGAGUGGUUGGGAGGGAUUGGCAAUCGUGAUGCUGGUCAUGGAGAAAAUAAGCUUGGUUAAAUCUCAAACUGAAAUAUACUUCUCUCACUAGGGAUAGCUUUGAUCGUAUCAAAUAUUCAUUAUCUUUGUACUAUAAAAAUAAAUGUUAGAGAGAGAUUUUAAUAGUAAGGGAAACGGAAAUUAAAGACUCGAGUUUGAUGGUCUUGAGAUUUGAUCCUGCUUUUCAACAAGUAAAUUUAAAUGUGCAUAAAUAUUACUCUCUCUGACUAAAUUUAUGUAA